AAAAGGAUUUGUCCAUCAUCCAUUCAAAUAUUCAAUAAUUCAUCAUCAUCAAUAUGCCAACAUUGACAGUAACCGUUGUUGCAGGUCAAAGACUUGUUGCUAAAGACAUUAGUGGUACAUCGGAUCCAUAUGUUGUGGUUAGAGUUGGAAGUUCCUCUCAGAAAACAUCUGUGAAACCAGCUACCCUCAAUCCAACCUGGGCACAAACUUUUACAUUCUCUGUUAGUGAUCCUAGUAGAGAAAUGGUAACUUUUGAUGUAUUUGAUCAUGAUUUGAUCGGUAAACAUGAUUCUAUGGGAAGUUGUUCAGCACCAUUGUCUUCAUUGAAGAGAGGUGUAGUUGAAAAGUUGACAUUAUCUUUGACUGGAGCCAAAUCUGGAAGUCUUGUUGUUGACUUAUUGGCUCAAGACUUUGGAAUUCAAGCAAUGGUUCCACAACAAGGUUAUCCACAACAACCAAUGCAAACAGGUUAUCCACAGCAACCAAUGCAAGGAUACCCUCAACAAGGAUAUCCUCAACAACCAAUGCAAGGUUAUCCACAACAAGGAUACCCUCAACAGGGAUAUCCUCAACAAGGUUACCCUCAACAACCAAUGCAAGGUUAUCCUCAACAACCUAUGGUCCAACAAGGAUACCCUCAACAAGGUUAUCCACAACAACCAAUGCAAGGAUAUGCUCCACCAAUGCAAACUGGUUAUCCACAACAACCUGUUGUCACUGGUAGUACAACAACUACAACUAGUUAUUAUCAACAACCAACUACAACAAUGCACGCUCAUGUCACACCAGGUUAUCAUACUCAUAAGGAUAUGAAAAAAUUGAAAAAGAUGGGAAAGAAAAUGGGCAAGUUUGGUAAAUUUGGAAAGAUUGGAAAAAUCGGAAAGAAGUUUGGCAAGUUUGGUAAAAAGUGGUUCUAAGUAAAUAAUUUAUUCUGAUAU